AACCUGUGCCUCCAACUACCCACAUAUCAGGAUUCAAGACUUCUCUGAUCUUUAGCCAUGGCAUGCAAUAGCAGUGAAAAUAUUGGCAAACCAAUCAGAUGCAAAGCUGCAAUAUGCAGAAAAGCAGGUGAACCUCUUGUUAUAGAGGAAAUUGAGGUUGACCCACCAAAAGCUUGGGAGGUUCGGAUCAAGAUUCUACUCACUUCUCUGUGUCACACUGAUGUAACCAUCUGGAAAAUAGACCACGUCAGUGCAGCAAAAUUUCCAAGAAUUUUCGGUCAUGAAGCCGUAGGAGUUGUGGAGAGCGUAGGGGAGCACGUGAAAGAAGUGAAAGAAGGAGACAGAGUAGUCCCUGUGUUUCUGGCGAACUGCGAGGAAUGCAGGGACUGCAAGAGUUCUAAGAGCAACGAGUGCUCCAAAUUCCGGAAGGAGUUUUUCAGUGUAAUGCCGAGAGAUGGAACGAGCAGAUUCAGGGAUAUGAAUGGAGAAACGGUGCACCAUACCUUGUGUGUUUCGAGCUUCUCAGAGUACACAGUUGUGGAUGUGGCUCAUUUGGUCAACAUUAGCCAUUAUCACCUUCCUCCUCACGAGGCUUGCUUGCUCAGUUGUGGUGUUUCAACAGGGUUGGGAGCGGCAUGGAAAGUGGCCGACGUGGAAGAAGGGUCGACAGUGGCUAUUUUUGGGCUAGGAGCUGUAGGCCUUGCGGUUGCUGUAGGAGCAAAACAACGAGGAGCAACAAAGAUCAUAGGCGUGGAUAUUAAUCAUGAAAAAUUUGAAAUAGGAAAAAGAUUUGGAAUUACUGAUUUUGUGAAUCCCUCCACUUGUGAAGACAAGUCAGUGAGCGAGGUGAUUAACGAAAUGACAGAUGGAGGUGCUGAUUACUGCUUCGAGUGCAUAGGGUUGGCUUCACUGAUGGCAGAGGCUUUUAACAGUAGUCGGAAUGGUUGGGGGAAAACCGUGAUAUUAGGGGUGGAAAUGCAUGGUUCGCAAGUGACAUUGAAUCCUUAUCUGUUGUCGAGAGGCAGAACAAUCACAGGAUCAAUGUUUGGAGGUCUCAAACCCAAAUCUGAUAUCCCCCUCCUUGCUAAUAAGUACUUGGACAAAGAAUUUAGCUUGGAGGGAUUCAUAACGCACGAGGUGCCCUUCAAGGACAUUAACAAAGCUUUUGACUAUCUCCACCAAGGAAAGAGCCUCCGCUGCAUUAUAAAGAUGGAUCCUUAACUACUACUUCUACUGCUACAUUUCAUUGUAAUUCUAUUUCAUAUCCCUCAAAAAUUAUUGUAUUCUCUUAAAUAUAUUUAUCGGAAUAACAAUAUGAUGCAUGAUUCACAUGUUUGAUAA